CAGGGCUGCCGGAGGCGGAGGCGGAGAGGCACCGGGCUGCCGCCACGGCCGCUAGGGAGAGUUGUAAGAGUCCAUCCAGGACCUUCAGGUCAUGAAUAAUCUGACCAUUCCUGAAUUAAUUGGGAAAACAAACAUAUCAAGUGCCAUUUGAAGAGUGUGUCUAUAUAUGUAAAACCUUUUCUCUACAUAUAAACUUUUCCAUAAGAAGACAUUCUGAACAUCAAGAGCUUUGCAACUGAUGAAAAUUAAUCCAAGCAUCAGAUGGGACAAUUUUAUACUGUUGGGGUCAGGAGUCUGUGGAGAACAGUCCAUCACUAAUGGCAGAUUUUCCUUACGGUGUUGCUGAGCAAAAAAAAGUUUGCAGAAGAGAAAAUUGUACAGAUUAAGCCUAAAGAAUACCUCUUCAGUGUAAAGAAGGAAGAGACUUUAAAACUCUGGAUUGACAUUCAGAAACUUUUCCUGCGGUUGAGGCUGGAGUGAGGGACAGAUCUGAAAAGGAACGAAUUCCUUUGUGUCUUCAGCUAUUUGAAGUUUUUUAUUUAUUAUCUUUUUUCCUUUCUGCAUAUAUAUGCUAUUUUAAAAUAUUAAUUGGAAUUGUCAGUUACAAAAUAAAUAUCAAGAAAAGCCUUUCUUGGCCUAACAAUGUGAAUAGGCUUGAAUUCAAACAGGAAAGCAUCUUUUAACAAAGCCUGGAGCCGGUCUUGAGAGAUGGUCCAGCUUGGAGAACUCUGAUACACACCUGGGUUGGUUUAAAGAUUUGCAUAUGAGAGGAAGGUUAUUUAAUGGACAUAAUUCAAAGAUUGCUUUUUUUUCAUUAAGAUAGAAGAAUACAUGAUCUUUACGAGUGAAAAAAGCAGAGAAACAAGAUAAAGGAGAAACAGAAUCCUGCAGCCUCUCUGUAAGCAAGAAAUAGGACCAAACUAAAGGAAGUACUUGGUCUAUUUAAAUAGCUGUUUGCUCAUACUCAGUGACCUGCUGACCUCCACCUCUGCUGAGGGAAGGGGCUUUGCUCCAGUCUCUAUGGCACUGAGGGGGGGUUCCGGCCCGUGGAGGAGUCAUUCUAGGGAGCCCCGUGUUCCUAGGGACACAGGGCCAGUCUUUGUGUCAGGAAGCUUCUGGCUGUGAACAGUGGGAGAAAGAGUGAUUUUCUUAACAUUUUAACUGCUGUCUGCAUGAGCUCUGGUCUGACUUUGCACGUUAGUGUGCCUUCCCCCUUAUGCAACCUUUUCCAGCUGUGCAGCAGAAACUUGCCUAAUUCAGAAAACGUGCCAGAAGGUAGUUUCAGAGGGAAGAUGAUCUUGUGUGAUCAUUCUCUGCAUUUGAACUGUUGAAUAGAGAAACCCAGCUAGAGGGAUUCUUAUUGCCUUAAGUUACUUGAAAUCUAUGUGUUUGUAACCCUUUAUCUCUGGAAUCACAAAAAAAAAAACUGGAAGUUCAGGCUGAGAAUAACAAGGCUGAGUAAAAUCGAAGAGAACUGAUUCUCCGUCAUCACUUACUAACAGCUCUUUCUCCAAAGGAUUGGCAUGUUUUCCUCAUAAGAACUUGAAAAUGAGAACGGACCCCAUGUAUUUUUAGGCAUUACCUUUCUUAGCAGACUGACAUUAUCUUUUAUAGAGGAGUUUUUUCACUAUGCAGGUGGUGGAUCUUUAUAAGCUAUUGACCUAAUUGGACUGUAGAUCAGUUGUAACUAAAGGAGAAAAAAAACAAACCAACAGAACCCAACCACAAAAAUAAGCCAGUAAAAGAACUUGGUUUGAAAUUCUUCAGUACUUUUAAAGUGAAAUACUUCACUGAAAAAUUAUGUAUGCAGCAGUGGAACAUGGGCCUGUGCUUUGCAGCGAUUCCAACAUCCUCUGCCUGUCCUGGAAAGGGCGUGUCCCCAAGAGUGAGAAGGAGAAGCCUGUGUGCAGAAGGCGCUACUAUGAAGAAGGAUGGUUGGCCACAGGCAAUGGGCGAGGUGUGGUGGGGGUGACUUUCACCUCGAGUCACUGUCGCAGAGAUAGGAGUACGCCACAGAGAAUAAACUUCAACCUGCGAGGCCACAACAGUGAGGUUGUGCUGGUGAGGUGGAAUGAGCCAUACCAGAAACUGGCCACAUGUGAUGCCGAUGGAGGAAUCUUUGUGUGGAUUCAGUAUGAAGGCAGGUGGUCUGUGGAACUGGUCAAUGACCGUGGGGCUCAGGUGAGUGAUUUCACCUGGAGCCAUGAUGGGACUCAGGCUCUCAUUUCAUAUCGAGAUGGGUUUGUCCUGGUUGGUUCCGUCAGUGGACAAAGACACUGGUCAUCUGAAAUCAACUUGGAGAGCCAGAUCACGUGUGGUAUAUGGACUCCCGAUGACCAGCAGGUGUUAUUUGGCACAGCAGAUGGACAGGUGAUUGUCAUGGACUGCCACGGCAGAAUGCUUGCCCAUGUCCUCCUGCAUGAAUCUGAUGGCAUCCUCAGCAUGUCCUGGAAUUACCCCAUCUUCCUGGUGGAGGACAGCAGUGAGAGUGACACAGACUCAGAUGAUUAUUCUCCGCCCCAAGAUGGUCCUGCGGCAUACCCCAUUCCUGUGCAGAACAUCAAGCCUCUGCUCACCGUCAGCUUCACCUCGGGAGACAUCAGCUUAAUGAACAACUAUGAUGACUUGUCUCCCACUGUCAUCCGUUCAGGACUGAAAGAGGUGGUGGCCCAAUGGUGUACACAGGGAGACUUACUGGCAGUUGCUGGGAUGGAGCAGCAGGCCCAGUUCAGCGAGCUGCCCAAUGGUCCUCUUCUGAGGAGUGCCAUGGUCAAGUUCUACAAUGUUAGAGGGGAGCACAUUUUCACUCUGGACACACUUGUGCAGCGCCCCAUCAUCUCCAUCUGUUGGGGUCAUCGGGACUCCCGGCUGCUUAUGGCCUCAGGACCAGCCCUGUAUGUGGUUCGUGUAGAACACCGAGUGUCCAGUCUCCAGCUGUUGUGCCAGCAGGCCAUCGCCAGCACCCUUCGAGAAGACAAGGACGUUAACAAGCUGACCUUGCCCCCUCGUCUCUGUUCCUACCUCUCCACUGCCUUCAUUCCCACUAUUAAGCCCCCAAUUCCAGACCCCAACAACAUGCGGGACUUCGUCAGCUACCCCUCAGCAGGCAAUGAGCGGCUGCACUGCACCAUGAAGCGUACAGAGGAUGACCCAGAGGUUGGAGGGCCCUGCUACACACUCUACCUGGAGUAUCUGGGAGGACUCGUGCCCAUUCUCAAGGGGCGGCGCAUCAGCAAGCUGCGGCCAGAGUUCGUCAUUAUGGACCCUCGAACAGACAGCAAAUCAGAUGAGAUCUAUGGGAACAGCUUAAUUUCUACUGUGAUUGACAGCUGCAACUGCUCAGACUCCAGUGAUAUUGAACUGAGUGAUGAUUGGGCCGCCAAGAAGUCUCCCAAAAUUUCCAGAGCUAGCAAAUCCCCCAAACUCCCAAGGAUCAGCAUUGAGGCCCGAAAGUCGCCCAAGCUGCCACGGGCUGCUCAAGAGAUGUCUAGGUCUCCCAGAUUGCCCAUGCGCAAGCCCUCCAUGGGCUCACCCAGCCUGACCCGGAGAGAGUUUCCUUUUGAAGACAUCACUCAGCACAACUAUCUUGCUCAGGUCACAUCCAAUAUCUGGGGAACCAAGUUUAAGAUUGUGGGCUUGGCUGCAUUCCUACCAACCAACCUCGGUGCAGUCAUCUAUAAAACCAGCCUACUGCACCUCCAGCCUCGGCAGAUGACCAUUUAUCUCCCGGAAGUUAGGAAGAUUUCCAUGGACUAUAUUAAUCUGCCUGUCUUCAACCCAAACGUUUUCAGUGAAGAUGAAGAUGACUUACCAGUUACAGGAGCAUCAGGUGUCCCUGAAAACAACCCACCUUGUACGGUGAACAUCCCUAUUGCACCAAUCCACAGCUCUGCUCAAGCUUUGUCUCCCACACAGAGCAUAGGGCUGGUGCAGUCUCUGCUGGCCAAUCAAAAUGUGCAGUUGGAUGUCUUGACCAAUCAGACCACAGCUGUAGGGUCAGUAGAGCAUGCAGGUGAUGCUGCUACCCAGUACCCAGUCUCCAGCCGGUACUCCAAUCCUGGACAGGUAAUUUUUGGAGGUGUAGAAAUGGGCCGCAUCAUUCAGAAUCCUCCUCAGUUGCCUUUGCCACCACCGCCGCCACCACCACCACAGGGGCCUAUGCAACUGCCUGCAGUGGACCAUGGAGAUCGGGACCACGAGCACCUGCAGAAGUCAGCCAAGGCCCUGCGGCCAGUGCCUCAGCUGGCUGCCGAGGGGGAUGCAGUGGUUUUCAGUGCCCCGCAGGAGGUCCAGGUGGCAAAGAUGAAUCCCCCACCCCCGUACCCAGGAACUAUCCCUGCUGCCCCCACCACGGCUGCACCCCCACCCCCUCUGCCACCACCACAGCCCCCAGUGGAUGUAUGUUUGAAGAAGGGUGACUUCUCCCUGUACCCUACAGCAGCACAUUACCAGCCUCCUCUAGGCUAUGAGAGGAUCACCACCUUUGACAGCAGCGGCAAUGUGGAAGAGGUGUGCCGGCCCCGCACUCGGAUGCUCUGCUCCCAGAACACCUACACUCUUCCGGGCCCAGGCACUUCUGCCACCUUGAGACUCACAGCCACUGAGAAGAAGGUUCCCCAACCCUGUACCAGUGCCACUCUGAACCGACUAACUGUCCCUCGAUACUCCAUCCCCACAGGGGACCCACCUCCAUACCCUGACAUUGCUAGCCAGCUGGCCCAGGGGCGGAGUGCUGCUCAAAGGCUGGACAACAGUCUCAUCCAUGCCACCCUACGAAGGAACAACCGAGAGGUUGCACUUAAGAUGGCCCAGCUGGCAGACAACUCCCGUGCCCCACUGCAGCCCCCAGCUAAGCCUAAGGGGGGCGCUGGUGGGGCGGUGGCACAGCUCCCAGCAAGGCCUCCACCUGCCCUAUACACCUGCAGCCAGUGCAGUGGAGCAGGGCCCAGCUCACAGUCAGGUGCAGCCCUGGCCCAUGCUAUGAGCACCUCCCCACUGGCCUCCCAGUCCUCCUACAAUCUUCUAAGCCCUCCUGACACCUCCCGAGAUCGUACUGACUAUGUCAACUCGGCCUUCACGGAGGACGAGGCCCUGUCUCAGCACUGUCAGCUGGAGAAGCCUCUGAGGCAUCCCCCACUUCCUGAAGCUGCUGUCACGAUGAAGCGGCCUCCCCCUUACCAGUGGGACCCUGUGCUGGGUGAGGACGUUUGGGUUCCCCAGGAAAGGACAGCACAACCUACAGUGCCCAACCCCUUAAAACUGUCCCCUCUAAUGCUAGGGCAAGGCCAGCACCUGGAUGUGGCUCGAGUGCCCUUUGUGUCUCCCAAGUCUCCAUCCAGCCCUACUGCCACCUUCCAGACAGGCUAUGGGAUGGGAGUGCCAUAUCCAGGCAGCUAUAACAACCCCUCCUUGCCUGGAGUACAAGCCCCAUGCUCCCCUAAGGAUGCCCUGUCCCCAGCCCAGUUUGCACAACAGGAGUCUGCUGUCGGACUUCAGCCAGCAUACCCACCCAGCCUUUCCUAUUGCACCUUGCCCCCCACAUAUCCAGGAAGCAGCACAUGCUCCAGUUUACAGCUACCACCCAUCGCCUUGCACCCUUGGAAUCCCUACAGCACCUGCCCACCCAUGCAGAAUGCCCAGGGCACUCUCCCCUCCAAGCCCCACUUAGUGGUGGAGAAGCCUCUUGUGUCCCCGCCACCUGCCGAGCUCCAAAGCCACAUGGGCACAGAGGUGAUGGUAGAGACUGCAGACAAUUUCCAAGAAGUCCUCUCUCUGACAGAAAGCCCUGUUCCCCAGAGAACAGAAAAAUUUGGGAAGAAGAACCGGAAGCGCCUGGAUAGCCGAGCGGAGGAAGGAAGCGUUCAGGCCAUCACUGAGGGCAAAGUAAAAAAGGAUGCUAGGACUUUGAGUGACUUUAAUUCUCUCAUCUCCAGCCCCCGCCUAGGGAGAGAGAAGAAGAAAGUGAAAAGUCAGAAAGACCAACUGAAGUCAAAGAAGUUGAACAAGACGAACGAGUUCCAGGACAGCUCAGAGAGUGAGCCCGAGCUGUUCAUCAGUGGGGAUGAGCUGAUGAACCAAAGCCAGGGCAGCAAGAAGGGGUGGAAAAGCAAGAGGAGCCUGCGGACGGCCAGUGAGCUGGAGGAAUUCAAGUGCCGCAAAGCCAGUGAGAAGGAAGACGGGCGCCUGGGCAGCCAGGGCUUUGUGUAUGUGAUGGCCAACAAGCAGCCUCUGUGGAAUGAAGCCACACAGGUGUACCAGCUAGACUUUGGAGGAAGGGUGACCCAGGAGUCUGCCAAGAACUUCCAGAUCGAGUUGGAGGGACGGCAGGUGAUGCAGUUCGGACGGAUUGAUGGUAACGCAUACAUCCUAGACUUCCAGUACCCCUUCUCAGCUGUUCAGGCUUUUGCUGUUGCCUUGGCCAAUGUGACUCAGCGCCUAAAAUGAAGAGACAGAUGCGGGAGGAGACCUGGCAGGAGCCUUUGGAGGCAGAGCUCAUGCUGCUACUACCUGAGGAGACCAGAGACCACGGCGGUAGAGGAAGCCAGCAGGCCAGAAGAUCUGUAGGCAUGGUCGUUUGUUCAGUUAACCUUUAUUGUGUCUUUUCUUUUGAUAGAGUGGUGUUUGGAAGCCAAGAAUUUGAAGUAUCUUGUGUUCUUGAAGGCAAAGUAGCUUGGCUACAGAAUUUUGUACUGAAUUUACUUCUCAUGACUAGGAUUAAGGGCCUUUGCAAAGAAGACAGAUUGCUCAACCUUUCUCUUCUUUUAAGUAUAGGGAGUGUUAGUGUUCAUGUCAUCUGGCUUCUGUUACCCUUCCAAUAUUAUCACUUGUGAAAAAAAAAAAUUUUUUUUAAACACAACCAAAACUCUGGAAGAUUCAGCUUGUAUUGGGCUAGGGAGGACAGCAUUUCAGUCACAAAUGUGUGCUGCUCACUAAAAGGUACCUGGAUGAAUGAGGGACACAUAUGCAAAUGCCUUGUGCUCUGCUCAUAUAAGCCACGGUAGAUGAUGUGAUUUGCUAGGCAGUGUGUGAGGAAGACACUGCCUGUGGAGACAGGCUCACGUACAGACUGGGCUGCGGGUGUGGCUUAUGCAAGGAUUGUUUCCCAAGGAUACUAGUUGGAAACCCCACUGGUUUCUUGUGUCAGAGUUAAGCCCAUCUGACUUUGGAAGAAGGUAAGAGACUUCAGUCAGUAGGCAGGUCCAGGCUGGGGUAGAGCUGGGCUACAUCACAGUCAUUAGACUGUGCAGUUACCAGGUACCUCCCUCCACGGUCAGGAAACAGCCUUUGUUCUCCUUACUUCCUUGUUUGAAUCUGGAACAUUUACUGUAGCCGUCUUUCUCUUCAGAUCCUAUUGCUCUGUCUUUUCUAAAACAUGAAUGAGACUUGAUUUGCAGCUACACCUUUCCUUUCCUUGUCCACAUUAAAAUUCAGUUGAUUUGAAUGCUUUCCUACAAUUAGAGUGUAAUAAAAAAUGUAUGCAUUUCCCAGGAUAUUAAAAGAUAGGGUCAUGGUAAAAUCUUUGGGGAAAACUCCACAAUAUGCUGUAAAGGAAAAAAAGAACUCUUGCUGGGUGUGUAGGCUGUACUAAAAGAUGAGCCACGGGAAAGCCGUGUUAAAACUGUCUGUGCUUUAUUCACUCUGCCUGUAGCAUCUUUGCGAAACUUCUUCUCAUGGGAACACACCCGGGCACAUACCCAGACCUUGUAGUAAGACCGAGUUCUUGUUGCUGCUGCUACCUGUGAUGCUUAUUCCCAGAGCACAAGAGCUUUGACUUUUGAGUUGGAUUUUAUUUGAAAUCUGGCAAGUGGAAGAAGCUACAGGAAAUUCUUUUCAGCUUAAACAUUGUUUUGGUUUCCCCCUCCUCUUCCUCUUUUUCCUCCUCUUCCUCCUCCUCUUCCUCCUCCUUGUGUUUGGUUUAAGAAUUACAAAAGAAAUUGUCUGAUUUCUUUACCUGAGCAAAAUUAAAUUACUCAUUAUUUUUUCUAAAUUUCAAAGAAAUAUGGACAAGAACAUCUCCCAGCUGAUACUGGAGUUUUCCAUUUUAUAAUUUAAAAUAUGGGAGCUGAUUCUUAUAUGGGUCAGUUGUCCCAGAACAAGUUGAACAGUAUAUUCAGAGUUACUGUGUUUACGUAAGUUCCUGUAGCUUGAUAAGAUGUCUCAGUGCUUAUCUUAGUUGUGCAAUACUGUUGUAGCCUGUUUAUGGAAUAAUUUAAAUACAAUUUUCUUUGUUUUGUGGUCUAAGAGAUAGUUAUUUAUCUUGCUCUUUAUAGUAUUCUUGGGAACUAUUUUGUUGCUAUGUAUUGGUGAUUUGUGCCCAUUUUAUUAUUUAUUUAGAAAAAUAGUACCUUUGUAAUGACUUAUUUGUUGGCAAUAGAUUUUGCUGCAAAAAAUAAAGAGACUAUGACAAGAUUUUUUGGGGGGGUGGCUGGGUGCUUUGUAACUUUCUUGAGAGUUGGGAGAAAAUCUUAUUAAUCCCUUAAAAAAAUAAAUUUACUCUUUAUCUCAGUAUUGAUUGUAUGCAAAAUAGGCUAUUUCUUUAAGAAAGCAUACCCUAAGAUAGUAUUUCUUAUUUUGAAAAUGUUAAUUAAAAAUAAAAUGUGAUAGGACACAAGGAAGGGUGAGAUGUCUAAGAUAAGAGUCUCAAGAGAGGCCCUUAGUAAAUAAUCUUCAAGUUUGAGGUUUGGUUUUGUUUGAUUUUUUUUUUUUUUUUUAGUUAAACUGGCCUUUUCAAAAAUGCAAAAGUUAUACUUACAACUUUGCUAAAUAAAAACAGAUAUGGAGGAAAUCCCUAAAAGAUACUUUCUGCCAUGGAGAUGUAGGCUUGUGGCCUUGAACAGUGCUUGACCUGUGAGCUGCGAGAACUCCUGCCCCUCACUAGACUCCUCGACCAGUCAGAGUGAGUCUCAGCUUCCACCUGGGCAGUAGGCUGCUGGCUGCAGCAGUUGUGAUCAUAUCAUUUAAGGUAAUGGCUUCUUCCAGUCAACAUCUCUUGAUUAAAUUCUGCUCAAAUUAAGUCUUUAAGUAACAGAAUUCUAGGUACUUUAUGGUUAUUGAUAGCAAUUUGUAAAUGUCCCAAUGUCCCAUUGGAUCCCUAAAUCAAAAACAGUCAGCUACAUAAAGGCCUGUAGGAAAAAGAGUAUAUUAACCAACAUGAAAACUACUGUUAAAUUUAUUUGGCUCUAGUAUCAUCAAAACAAAAGUUGUGGGUGUAUAUACACUACCCAUUUGAAUGUAUAGCCUGAGAAAAGCUGGGGCCACCGCAGCUGGAAGUAUUCAGCUCUAAUGGACAUACAAAGCAAACACUUUUGCGUUUUGGUACUUCUCAUCCACAGACCUGCACCCUGUGUAAUGUUCAUUCUGUAAUCAAAGGUCAGGGGCUCAAGGUCGAAUUGUCCUGCCACCGGGACAGAGAGUGACUUUGGGCAAGGCCCUGGGGUGUCUGGCCUCCUUUUGUCCAUCUCUUAAAUGAAAAGGCUUGCCUAGACAAGCAUAAACACUACAUUCUCCAGGAGCCUGGGAGCUCAAAAUUCAGCAGCUCCUCUUCCCCUUCACAAGGUGAGAGUAUGUUUCAAAACGUGGUAUCUGUGUAGAAAAAUAGUUCUCAUGAGUCUAUAAGCUGUCUACUGUCUCCUGAACAGAAACCAGCAGGUUUACCCCUAAAUGUAUUUAGAAUAAUGUUUAUUCUACUAAAAACUAAAGAAGCAUCAAUCUAAGUACAGUGGAAGUCCCCUGUGAGUGUGUUCUACUCAGUGGACAUGCUCAAGUAAAACAAGACAUUAUGUGGGUAUAAAACUGGGAGUGGGUUCAGAAAGAAGAGUGCUGGUAAACGCUUGCCACCUUUGGUGUGCUCGUGUGUGAUAGUGUUACACUAAAGGGAGCCCAUGAUGUCCCGUGGCUAUGGACAGGUUGACAAUAUUAGCUGGGUUUGAACUGGCAUUUGAGUUUCUGGGAGUUUAUGGUAGCAUACAGUUCAGAAGUCUACACCACUGUGAUAAACUCUGGAGGAUUGUGACUUACUUUGUUUCCAUUUUCUUCAGCUUUGUGCAGUUCUCUUGUGACUUUGUUUCUAUAUUUUCUGUUUAUAAGUCAAUUUUAAGGGGAAGGGUAAGAUUUUAAGAUCUUGUUUAUUGUAGAUAAUUUUUUUCUCCUGUUGUAGAAAAGCAUGGGUUAUACAUUUGAGUGGAAAAGGCACUAUAUUAUUUACCAAAGGUGUAUUGUUUGCAUUUGUUUAUAAAUGCAUUAUUUUAGUACUAUAAAUUUGGGCAUAGUUUCUGAGUUUACUACUAUUGCUACUGCUGGCAUCUGUCUUUCUUCUUCUCUGUCAUGUUUUUAAUCCCCAUAAAUGUGCAAUGUGGGGUGCAUAGGUCACAGACCAAACAAGACUACCAGCAUGUUCUUGUCCACACUUGGGGAACAGCGCGCGCUGUUUCAUCACAUCAGCCCCUCCAGCGUUUGUUUUUUAACUUUUUUUUUUAUUUCAUUUUAAAAUUCAGCAUUUUGCUUUAACCUUCCAAACAAGAUCUGUUGAGAGUCACCAUUGCAUCUCAAUGGCUCUCCCUUAUUUGCCUACCUUUGUAUGUAUUUUGUGUACUAGAUCGUCCAGGAAGUAUUCUAGAAGGGAUUAAUAGUUUGCAUUCAGAAUGAUGUAGUUGGUCCAAAUUAUUUUGCCUUUAAAAUUGAAACGAGUCAAUCUCAUUUUUUUCUUGGUGAUUUGAAAUUGUAAGAUUUGUCCAGCUAUUGCUUAAUAAAAUUUUGCAGAUCAAAAAAGA